AUGGAAGGAAGGACAAAACAAAAUGACCAAAGAACAGUGACUAAAUUAGUUAGCGGCAACAUAGUGUCAUCUGUUGACGCUAACAGUUUUGAUACAGUAUUUCCUAAUUGUCAUGAUUGUUUUCAACCACGAAUAUCAACUAAAACAACUACACAAACUGUAAUGCCUCUUUCAACAAUAAAUAAUGAAACUGUCGCAAUUGCCGAUGAAGAUACUAAUCUUUCACGUAUUUGUUUUAAAGAAAAGGAAGAAUGUAGACCAUCUGAUUCACAAUCAAAUACAAGUGAGUGA